UAAAGGCACACGUGCAGCCAUCAACCACAUGGCAAAAUGCACGCCACGCCGCCCACGCCCUCUCUCUACCUGUCUACGUCCGCAUGGCGGCGUCUGUGGUGACAGUGUGUUCGAUGACGGCCGACUGGCUGUGUGGGAUGCACUGGUAGUAAGCCGUGGUCGUGUCACUGUCGAAGGCCACCACGUUGACAAAGGGGAUCCGCUCCUUCAGAAUGCUCUUCAUCACCUCUUGAGCUGGCACACAUGACACACAGCCAUGACACAUCCAUGAGUCCGUUGCCUAAAUGACCACCUUGCUUGAUGUGUGCACUCACCUACGAGCCCGCCAACCACUGCGGCCACGCUGAUGAGAGGAAUGCCAAACGCACGAUACACACGCCUGACAGACAACGGGAAACAAGGCACACACACCACACACAUCCGGGUGAUCAAAUCACGGGCAUCCAUCUCUCGUCCCGCGACACUGCAUUUGCUCACCGCAGGAGGUCAUCGUCAACGUCCUUGCCACCCUCCUGCACUCACACACAGAAAGAACCGACGGACGCAGUCCAGUGAUCGACCAAGCUACGGGGCCUCACCUCCCGCAGCGUCUCUUUCGCAAAGGCCACGAAAUUGUCACACUCGGCGACCCUUGUCGACGCGUUGCCAAUCUCGCCUCGCUGCAUGAACACCACAGAGGGCAACCAGAAGGUGGGUGAACAGAUCUUUUGAAAGUGCGUCUGUUAGUCGAACUAGGCAUCCCACGGACCUCUCUGUUGUGUGUGCCGUGGGUGGCUUGCCAACGCGCCAGGACUAGACACACCACGCAAGCAGCACAUGCAUAGGAUGGAACUCAAAGGGCGGACAUACGCAGAUAGGCGGGGAAGAGGGACGAGCUUCGACGCUUCAGCGAGCCCUGACGACACACAGAGAGAAGAGGAGAGAGGCAGGGAGUCCACUCACUACGCUGAGGGUUCGGACCUGACACAUGUGCUACCGACGUACUACCGACGUACCAGUUUGCACUUGAUGGUGUGGGCAAUGGGUGGGAAGUUGGCUGUGGCCGUGUUGGUCUUGUCGGUCUUCUUGGGUUUCUCUGACUCGUCGAAGGUCGUCACCUUCUCACUGCAUCAAGUACACACACGCGCAAGGGUGCGCUCCGCUCUCUAAUGGAUGUUUGUUGCGUGUGGCGGUGCGUGUGUACAUGAAGAGGGUCUUGAGAUCGAACACGAAGAAGGCCAGCUUGCCGCAGCACAGCGUGGCAAAGAAACCCUGACACAAGGCAAGGACACGCACCAUCAAUGGUCUCUGCCUCGACUGGCCGUGUAGUGUAUGCACCUUGUCGAACUGCCGACAUGCCUCAUCUAGCGGCACCUGACCACCCAAUGACAGAGAGAGCGAAUCGAUGGUAGCGGCGGAUUGUCGACCAGUGAGUGAGGCUGACUGACCAGCGCCUGCAGUGCAACCAGCUCGUUGGCGACACACACGAUGGUGUAGGGCUCGAGGAACUUCUGCCAGUCGACCGCCGGCCCGUCCUCAAACAGACACCACGGAGAAUCAUCGCAGCCUGCACCUGCACGCAAAUAAGCCGGCGGAAUGCGAUGGAUACGCGUGUGUGUAGCGAGUGCGUGCGUACCUCGAUAGAGGGCCACGGUGCUCAGCGGGUUGAGCUCCUGCAGCCGCGGCUGCGAUGCCACGUCCAACUGUCAGUCAGAGUACCCGAUAGUGAGCGCUUCGUCCAUCUUGACCACAUGCACGUGGUGCCCACCUACCCUUUUCUGCUGGUUGAUGUCGUCUUGGCGCAGGAAGUAAUUGUAGCCCAGGUCUUCUUCCUGAGCGGCACGGUUGUCCCACAGAGUCACCUUGACGCCUAAAUGCGGCACACGGCAGCAGGCAGCCAGGCAGGCAGGCAGGCAGGCAGGCAAGCACUUAAUCGGGUAUGUGUCGUCACGUGCAAUCUGGUCAGUGCGGGUGGUACCUGCGAGUAUGAGGUUCUUGCAUGCUUCGAGAUUGACGGCCGUCAAGCCUAUCACCAACAGAUGGGACUCCUUGAUCCUUAUAUAGACAACACAAACACAGCAGAGCACCGACAGACUGUUAACUGAGUGCCAAUCGUGCGGAUGAGUGAAGUGGCACCUCUGCUGGCCUCCAACACCCCAUAACCGGAGCUGUCGGUCGUAGAUCUUGGUCUCGUGCUCCGACAACGCCAUUCCGGAUGCGUGGAGCGACGAAGAGUUAUCCAACUUGCUUUUUUCCGCUUGGUAUCGAGGAUGUGCUGAAGCAGCUUCCUCAGAGCCGCUGGGGAGGAGGGAACAGGCCAGUUUCGUCGAGAGGAAGGCGAUCGAC